GCAUAUAUCAUAGACAAGAUCCACUUCUUCCAUAAACUUUUCAAGUUAUAUUUGAGCAUUUGUGCUCAUCCUUUGUUCCCUCCUCAUAUCAAAAUGACUCUUCCUCCUCGCAUUUUCUCUAACCUCCUUCUGCUAUCUCUCAUUACAUUUUCUCUCUUACACCCAUCCUUGGCUCGUGGCCAUGGUAACGACGACGACAACAACAACGACAAUGGUCUACACAAAGGAUGGUUCAAAACCAAGAAGAGUGCUGAAUCACCCGAGCCCACAGAGGCUCCGGAAUCACCCGAGUCCAUGUUAAAAUCAAUGGAGUCGGAUGGUCCCGAAGGCGUAAAAGUUGAUCCUAGCUACCAAUUUGAGAAUGAUAGGCUUCGUAAAGCCUACAUUGGUCUUCAAGCAUGGAAAAAUGCCAUGCUAUCAGACCCAUCCAAUUUCACAGGAAAUUGGGUGGGUCCUGAUGUUUGUUCGUAUAACGGCAUUUUUUGUGCCGUUUUACCAACAAAUAAUACUAGUACUACUACUUCUGACCCUUAUGAUUAUAAUUACACCCCUCCCCGGGUUGUUGCCAGCGUGGACCUUAACCACGCUGACAUAGCCGGGUACCUCCCUAGCGAGCUCGGUUUAUUAACCGAUCUCGCCGUGUUUCACAUUAACACUAACAGGUUUUGUGGGACUAUCCCAAAAGCCUUUUGCUCUAUGAAACUAUUGUAUGAGCUUGAUGUAAGUAACAACCGUUUUGUAGGGAAAUUUCCCCCGGCUCUUCUUGGUCUACCCUCUCUGAAAUAUUUGGACAUUCGGUUCAACGAUUUCGAGGGGCCAAUUCCUCCAGCCAUUUUCGAUAAACCACUCGACGCCCUCUUCCUCAACAACAACCGUUUCAGAUAUGGAAUUCCUAAGAAUAUGGGAAAUUCUCCUGUUUCGGUUUUGGUUAUGGCGAAUAAUGAUCUAGGAGGGUGCAUUCCUUCAAGCAUUGGCAAAAUGGGGUACACUUUAUAUGAGCUUGUUCUUUUGAAUAAUAAUCUUACUGGUUGUUUGCCAGAGGAAAUUGGUAAUUUGAAAUAUGUUACAGUAUUUGAUGUUAGCUAUAACAACUUAGCUGGCUCUUUACCAUCAACCAUCAGUGGAAUGGUUAGUGUUGAGCAACUAGAUGUGGCUCACAACAGAUUUACUGGUGUUAUCCCAGACGCUAUUUGCCAGCUUCCAAGCCUACAAAACUUCACUUACUCUUACAACUACUUUACAGGCGAGGCGCCAUCGUGUGCCGCCUUGUCUGGUGGUGAGAAGGUAUCCAAUGGCUCAAGAAAUUGUAUCCCGGGUAAGAAGGAUCAGAGGUCCGAGCAUGAAUGUUCGUCUCCGUUGGCUAAGCCAGUGGAUUGUAGCUACUAUGGAUGUGCCAAAAAGCCUACUUAUUCUUAUUCUUAUUCUCCACCUGCUUAUAGCGGGGGAGCCUCAUCAGGCACAUAUUCACCAUCACCAUCAUACUCUUCACCCCAAACCCCGACAACUCCAUACUCUCCAUCACCUGAUUACAACACUCCUGCAACUCCGUCAUACACUCCAUCACCUGUUUACAAUACUCCCCCAACUCCGUCAUACUACACUCCAUCACCUGAUUACAACACUCCCCCAACUCCAUCAUACUACACUCCAUCACCUGAUUACAAGAGCCCGUCAACUCCAUCAUACACUCCAUCACCUGUUUACAAUACUCCCCCAACUCCGUCAUACUACUCUCCAUCACCUGAUUACAACAGUCCUCCAAAUCCAUCAUACACUCCAUCACCUAUUUACAAUACCCCCCCAACUCCAUCAUACUACACUCCAUCACCUGAUUACAAGAGCCCGCCAACUCCAUCAUACACUCCAUCACCUGUUUAUAAUACUCCCCCAACUCCGUCAUACUACUCUCCAUCACCUGAUUACAAGAGUCCGCCAACUCCAUCAUACACUCCAUCACCUGCUUACAAUACUCCUCCAACUCCGUCAUACUACUCCCCUUCACCAAAUUACAAAACCCCACCAACUCCAUCAUCCUACUCUCCAUCACCUGAUUAUAAAACUCCCCCAACUCCAUCAUACUACUCUCCAUCACCUGAUUACAAAACUCCUCCAGCUCCAUCAUCAUACUCUCCAUCACCUGAUUACAAAACACCCCCAACCCCGUCAUACUACUCUCCAUCGCCUGAUUACAAAUCUCCAACACCUCCAUCAUACUACUCACCAUCACCUGAUUACAAAACUCCACCAACUCCAUCAUACUACUCUCCAAGCCCAAAUUACUACACUCCACCAUCUCCACCAGCAUCAUACACUCCACCAUCAACCCCUGAGUAUUCAACACCACCACCAUCUCACCACCAAUAUUCGUCGUCUUCACCACCACCAACACCCGAAUACUACUCCUCGCCGCCUCCAGCAUACUCAUCACCAAGCCCAAUUCACUACACCCCACCAACAUCAUCCUACCUACCACCACCUCCUCCAAGUAAAGCUGACUGCACUCCAGGACAUGAGCACUCACCACCAACGCCGGCUUAUGACAACACCCCUAUGCCACCCGUUUACGGUGUAUCCUAUGGUUCUCCUCCUCCUCCUAUCUACCCCGGUUACUGAUUUAAUUAUAUAUUAUAUAUAAUAUAUGGUUUUAAACUGGCUUCUUCAUCA